AUGACUGGCAAUACUGAGAAAUCUAGGGUCCUUAUCCUCGACGGCGGGCUGGGCACGUCGCUGGAAGACAAGUAUGGCAUCAAGUUUAACUCAUCCACCACGCCUCUUUGGUCGACUCAUCUCCUUGUCGAGGGCCAGGAUACGCUGCUUUCCUGUCAGAAGGACUUUGGCGACGUACCCGUUGACAUUAUUCUCACAGCCACCUACCAGUUGUCUGUUCAUGGCUUCGCCAACACCCGUACUGCCAAGUUCCCCAACGGCAUUGACAGAGCCACCAUUGGCAACUUUAUUCAAGAUGCCAUCCGCAUCGCUGAUGAAGCUGGACGCGCCCACGCCACCACCACCGCCCUCAGCAUUGGUCCCUAUGGAGCUUGUAUGAUUCCUGGCCAGGAGUAUAGCGGCGCCUAUGACUCGGAGCACGACUCUCUUGAGAAGCUGCGCGGCUGGCAUCUGGACCGCCUGCAGCUCUUUAGAGAUGCCGGCGCAUUUACCUCUCCAGUCGGCUUUGUCGCAGUCGAGACUAUUCCCCGCGCCGAUGAGAUCAUGGCCGUGAGGCAAGCCCUGGACAAGAGUGGCGUACUGGCUACUGAACCUGCCAUCCCCUUCUGGAUCGCCUCGCUUUUCCCUGGCGAAGAUGAGCGUCUUCCUGAUGGAUCCUCGAUCGAGGAAGCCGUGAGAGCCAUGCUCAGCCCCGACGUCGCUGCCAGUCGUCCAUGGGGUAUCGGUAUUAAUUGCACCAAGGUCUGGAAGCUGGAGUCUCUGGUCAAAAGCUAUGAGUCGGCUGUUCAGGCGCUAAUCAAGGAAGGCGUUAUCGCCGAUACACCGGCCCUGAUCCUCUAUCCUGACGGCACCAACGGUGAAGUUUACAACACCACUACGCAGAAAUGGGAACUGCCUGAGGGAUCAAGUCACCCUGCCACAUCAUGGGAAGCUCAACUCGCACAAGUGGUUGCUAACGCCGAAUCUCGUGGAAAUUGGAAACAGAUUGUUGUUGGUGGAUGCUGUAAAGCAAGCCAUGCUGAUAUCGCCAGGCUCCGGGCCACGGUAGAAGGCCUAUCUCGGUAA